AUGGCGUCUGAAAGCUGCCCGCGUAAAGCGGCCUGUCUCACUGGAGCCACAACAAAACAACUGCGGUCCGCCUUUGCAUUGUGCUCGGAGACCGUUGUGACGUGCCUCGAGGCGCGGAUCUCUGCAAAAAAGGCCUCCGCUCGUGCUCAAGAAUCUGUUGUCGCCUUAGGCCAACAGAAAAUCCUCAAUGAAAAGCGCUUCGUAGGCCUGACGGCAGGAGCUCCUGACUGCAGCUCCUUAUCGACGUGGCCGCUCGGGGCCCUCCCGUCCCUCGCGGUGCUCUCUCCCUCCGGCGAUUUUUUUGCAUGCGUCGUCGAGACCUCGUCGCGCUCGAAUGGCGAGCAUCAGCCAUCUGUCACGGCUAGUUCACAGCCUGAAUACCGUGUCGAGCUCUUCGGCAGAGGCGCUGCCCAUGUCGGUCCCGUUACUGCGAUGCGGGCGCCAGCUGGUACAAAGCCGUGGCAAGGUUCCGUCGGUGGUGGCGCGUUUUGUCCGACAAAAGAGGAGUUGUUCAUAUACACGGCUGAGGCGCCAAAGAGCGACAGACGAGGUGGCUGCCCAGAGGCAGGUAGUGAGGCACGCUGCAAGGACGCGACAUGCCCGGGCAGUGGUGAAGGCACUUUGGACGCGUACGAAUAUAAAGCAGACUGGGGCGAGCAGCUGGUUGGAAAGCGCAAGGGCCGCCUGUUUCUGGCUGACUUCAAGCGACGCAGCGUCAAAAUGCUGAAACCGCCCACAGAGGCGACCGCUUGCGGCCAGCCGCGCUGGCUUUCGGAUGGCUCCGGCGUCAUCUGCACUAACUGGGAUCUCGAGCCCUACUGCCUUGGUCUCAUCUACUGUAUGAACCGACCAAGCAAGCUUUACCUCGCGCAGCUCUCGCCCACGACUGCAGGCAGUCGUGGCCCUGAAGCCGGCGAAACUGCAGACGAUGGUAGCGCAGAGUCCCAGGCGGAAUGCAAAUGGGUGCAGAUAUCCGGCGAAGAGGAUUUUGCGGCCUGGAGCCCUUCUGUACUGCGAGACGCGACUAAGGAUGACUCUAAUACCCAGCGGGUCGCUUACCUCUCCCUUGAGAAAGGCAGACCGGAGACGCUUCCCCAUAUGUGUGCACCACGCAUCAAGGCCUUGACUCUGCGCCGCGACGACGCCUCCUCAGCGUGGAAGGUUGUUGCACGAGAAACACUCGCCGAACCGCUCGCCAUUGAGCCGAGCGUAGAGCCACUCUGGUCGUGCAGCCAGACUGCGUAUUCUGGAACGUAUACGGAUCGUCUCGGCCCCUGGGUUCACGAAAAGUUUCUGUUUGUCAACACGUUUAUCGGAGCGCGACAGGCGGUGGUAGUUGUUGAUACCCAUGGAGAAGGGUGUUUGGGCGAAGUCCACUUCGACUCCACUUCGCUUCAGUUGAGAGCUCUGUCGAAACUUGCAGAUGUCGGUCAAACUUGCUCUAGCUUCUCCUUGCGCCUGCAUGAUAUCACACCUGACUGGCUGCUGCUUGAAGCGAGUUCGCUCGCUGAAACUCCUCGUCUUCUCCUGGCGAAGCUCUCCCUGUCGUCAUCUGGCCUUGGCGUUGACGCCAGUCUUGCUGGCUCCAUUUGCCUCGGAGGCUCGUCUGACCAGGCGCGCCUCCCGUGGAGUCCUCAAUCGUUGUUGAGGAAUCACCUGAAGAGGCUCGAAUGUCGCUACCUGUCCGGCGGCCGCCACACUCUCCUCAGGUGGAAGGAAUCGCCGCGGAAAGACGGCAAGCGCGCCCUUGGCGUGGUUCUCCACGGCGGCCCUCACUCCGUGGCGGCAAACAUUUUCAGUGCCGAGGCAACAUUUCUAACUCUGAUAGGCUUCGAUGUGUUUGCCGUCAACUAUCGCGGCUCUCUUGGUUUUGGGCAGAAAGAGCUGCUUUCUCUCCUCGGCAACGUUGGAACGCAGGAUGUGAACGACGUGAAGCAAGCAGUCGACGAACUUCUUGACAGCGACCGCCACGCGUACUCAGCGUCCCGGACAGUCGUCGUGGGCGGCUCCCACGGCGGAUUCCUUACGUGCCACCUCAUUGGCCAGUUUCCUGACCUUUUUGCGGCGGCCUCGACGAGGAACCCUGUCACCGAUUUGUCUUCAAUGGCAAGAGCCAGCGACAUUCCAGAUUGGUGCGUCGCUGAAGGGUGGGGAGAGCAGUUUCAUCCAGGCAGCAACCUCUCCGAGAGUCAACUUGCAGCUCUGUUCAAAUCGUCGCCUAUCGCACACGCACAGCAUGUCAGAACGCCUCUGCUUCUCGGCAUCGGAGGGUCUGACAAGCGAGUUCCGCCCUUCCAAGGCGUCGUGUUCCACAAACUCUUGCUUGGACAAGGCAAAGUCAGUCGCCUGCUUUUUUAUCCGGAAGCGGACCAUCGAAUCGAGCAGCCGCAAUAUGCAGAAGACUACUGGGUCAACAGCGCUAUCUGGUUCAUUGAACGCACCGGGGGCCCUGACGCGUUGAAGGAAGACGUGCUGCAGGCUGCGACGUGCUGA